AUCUUGGGGAUCAGCGCGAUUGAGGAUGGAGAUCGCGAACCCUUCCAUCGGGACUUUGGUACUUCGUGGGAUCGUUCGCCGAUAUCCAGGCGAGCCUUAUCAGGAACAACUGAACAAUGGAAUGUUCUGUGGAACAGAGAGAUUUAGAUCAGUACCAUGCGAAGAGAUAGGAUAGAAAGGUAGGAUUGUCCAAUUGAUACUGAAGACUUGGGGCGUGUAUUCUUGAUGAUUUUGUCUAUAAAAGCCGUGUCAACGCGUCGUAUUCAGUCUCCUUGUCUCUUUAUCCGCAUCGUUCAAGUUCAAUCCUUCGCAAAGAGUCCUUCAUUCCGGCUUCUCCAAGUCCUUCAUCCUUCCUAGCCCUUCGUUAUCGAAGACUACCCCUACCUUCACCAUGCGUACUCAACUCCUCGUCGCCGGCAUUGCUCUGGCUGCCUCUGCGAUGCCUCUUGAGGCUGCCACGCGGGUCGAGCGUCGCUCUCCAUCCCCAGCUACCCCCGCCACACCCCUAGGUAGCCUCAUCGACAAGCUCCUCAGCGCAGUUCCGCCUGUCGAGUUCGACCUUGGAGUCGGAGGCAAGCCUGAGAACGGGUCGACUGUUGAGCGUCGCUCACCAACCCCGGUCGAGCCAACUACCCAGCUGGGCAAACUCAUCGAUGGCCUCCUCAGUGCGGCCCCACCUAUUGAGCUCGAUCUUGAAAUCGGCGGAAAGCCCGAGAACAAGACUGCUACACGUCGCUCUCCAUCUCCUGCUACCCCAAGCACUGCGCUCGGGACCCUCGUGGAGGACCUUUUGAGUAAAAUCCCUCCUGCCGAGCUGGAUCUCGGACUUGGCAGGCGUGCGCUCAUCAGCCGUGCGGAUAUCGCUUCUGCCCUCCCAGAUAUCAUUGGCACUGUUACCGACAUUGUCACUGUCAUCCUUGGCCACAUCCCAGCCACCGAUCUCAACCUGGGAGUCGGCAGGCGCGACGUCGCCAGCGCAGCGGCCAUUACCACUAUCCUCCCUGACCUCCUGAACACGGUCACCGAUGUUAUCGGCGUCAUCCUUAGCCACGCUCCUCCGGUUGAGCUCAACCUUGGUGUCGGCAAGCGUCAGGUCCCCAGUUCGGCAGACCUGAGUGCAACCGCCUCAGAUCUUCUCGGCAGUGUUACAGAUAUCGUUGGUGUCGUUCUCAGCCACGUACCGCCGGCAGAGCUUGAACUUGAAGUCGGCAAAUAGGUGCCGAAGAGAAGGCACCGUGAGGCGCUCAUGGAAGAAUUAGAGAGCAUCGGGCAACAUCCUUACAUGACGGCAAAUACGGCGUUCUCAUUCGCGAUGAAGGACUAGAGAAAUAUGCUAGGCAAUAAGACUUGUAAUUAGGAAAAUACUCCAUGGACUCUUUCUUGUAUAUUUUUUUUAUGAAUGCCUGUUU